CACAUAUCGCUGAACAAAUAACAAGUGAGCUAACAAACCAUUAUUGGUUGAUGAGCCAAACCAUAGACAUCAAGAAAUUAGUGGAUCACAUACGAAUCCGGUUUGCCGAAUCAUCCCUAUACAAGUGCCCACGCAGGGAAAAAUAGAUGGGAAAACCCCAUGAUGAAUAACCGAGAGUCAAGGCAAACCGGGACUCAGUUGUGGAUAUUCCGGUCAGUUUAGCGUGUGGGUACGAAGGACCGAACAAAUAUGGAGGAGAAAGUGAAGAGGGGGGAAAAACAACUUUCAUUACAAUGCAUUACGAAAUGUCUGUGACAAAAAGCUAAUUUUCUACUGGUCUCAUGCAAGUGAAAAUGAGUUUCUUUUCCCUUUGGAAAGCAAGAAAUAAUAACAACGUGAUGUCACGGGUUCCGCUGGAUUAAAACAACUAAGAUGUGCGUAAAGUCAUUACUAACACCAGUGAAAUAACGAAUCAUGCAUUAUCCGGUUAAACCACGAAGUUUCUUGUUUCUUUUUUCUUCUCCAUGCGGGUAAAAUCGGAAAAGACGGAAGUGAAAAGGCAAAUUCUACCCACACGACCCCUAUCGGGAAAAAGACUAGAAUAAUGGGGCUUUUUCUAUCCAGCGAACGCCCUACAAGUAGGUCAUCGUGGCGCGCCAUAGACCCGUUUCAACUCGUGUUGACACGGAUCUUCUUCGGCUGCUACCUGCCUAAGGUAUAGGGAAGAGUGGGUGUUUGGUUAGUAGUGGAUGCGAUGAUGGCGACCAACAAGUGGAUGUUGUUUCUGGCUAUGCUCGUGUGCUCAGUUCUUGGCUGGUAUUAUCAUUCGGUUAAUGGGAACUGCAUUUUCGGACUCUCAAAUCACCAUCGUUUGGACCAACCAGAAAAAGUCAAAGAAAUUUUGUUCUUUUUCCGUGUGCCCAAAACUGGUAGUGAAAUGACAGUUUUGCUGUUACAGUGGCUCCAAGGCAUCAAUGGCUUUCGUCACGUACGUUUGCAAAAUACCGUUCAUCGGCGCCUCGAUACGUUCGAGCAGCGGAACUUGCGUGAAGAAGUCUUGGGAGUUUUGAGUGUCAGCGAGGGACUACCUGUGGCUUUCGAUCGCCACGUAUAUUUCACCGACUUGGAGCGCUUAUACUCUGGAAUUCAGAGGACAUCUGAGGCUAUCAAGGUGAACUAUUUCAGCAGUCUACGUGACCCCAUAGAUCGAAUUGUGUCCCAAUUCUACUACACUCGAGCCACCCCAAGACCAGACAUUAAGCUUCCUCCCCACAUAUCGACUCCACCACCGACUUCUUACCGGUUUCAAACAAUGGAAGAAUGUUUAGAAGCAGCUGAACCCGAAUGCUCGUUCGUGACAGGUCAGCAUUACGAUUUGCAAAUUCCCUACUUCUGUGGACACGAUGAACACUGCACGCAACUAAACAAUGCCAGAGCGCUGGAACAGGCCAAGAGUAACGUGGAGCUUCACUUCCGUGUCGUUGGUGUUCUGGAGCAACUCAACUGCACUCUACGGGUGGCUGAAAAAAGAAUCGGGACUUUUUUCAGCGGUGUUCAACAGUUGUAUUUUAACGAACUUCUGGAACCAAAGAAAAAUAAAAAUUACGGGCGUCCAAGGCAGCUGCGCGAGGACUUACAAAUGGUUCUGCGAAAUAACUUGACGAUGGAAUACAUGUUCUACACAUUUGUGAAACAGAGGCUACUUGAGCAAUGUGGCGAAAGCCAGAACGAAAAUCAAUGAGAAAAAAAAGGAAU